UUAUCUAAACGACCGUGGGCUGUGGUUGGUUUUCAAGGAAGCAUAAUGUAACCUACACUGAAUCUGUUCUAUUGCCUUACGGUCCUCCUAAACAUUGCGUAUAUUUUUUGACCAACAAAAGCUCCCGCAUAGUCUCAGUUGGGUGAAUCCGUUGUUUCCACUUGUAAUUAAAUAUUUCACAUUUGAGAGUUAUAAGUGGAACGCUCUAAAUGCUCUCUAAUACGUUAAGUUUAAUGUAAAAAAUAAUUUAAUUUAUUACGCAAAAUUACUUGAACGUUAAUGUUUUUGGCACUACACUUCCCAUGUGUCCUUGCGGUUUUUACAGGAAAAUGGUACGUAAUCACCUAGACUUGUAAACAAGAGAGGUGCAUGUGCAAUGGGCCGAAAGUAAGACAAAGGUGAGAAAUGAUGGGGAAAAAUGGAAAGAGGAACUGAGACCGUCAAAAGCGUUGUGUCACGAGGUUCUUUUUGAUAUUUGGGCACACACACCAGCUGAAGAAUUCACACGAUGAGGGACAUUGUUACAUUUUAUGUAACCUAUCUCAUGUGCCUGUUGCUGGGGAUUACUUGUGUUGUGUUGGUAUCUCACUGGAAUUAUAGCUAUCGAGGGGGAUUUGCAUGGGAUGGCUCAAACAAGCACUUCAACUGGCAUCCAGUCCUUAUGGUCACUGGCAUGGUGGUUCUGUAUGGGAAUGCGGCUGUAGUGUACCGUGUUCCACUGACCUGGGGUCAGAAUAAGCUUCCAUGGAAGCUAUUACAUGCUGGGCUUCUGCUCCUUUCUCUCAUCAUGUCUGUUACCGGUCUUUGUGCAGUGUUCGAUUAUCACAACACAAAUCACAUCAACAACCUCUAUUCCCUUCACAGCUGGAUAGGGAUUUGUACCGCAGCACUCUUCACUGCACAGUGGGUUAUGGGUUUUACUGCAUUUCUUCUACCCUGCACCCCGAUGGGUGUACGUUCACUAGUAAAGCCAGGUCACGUUUGGAUGGGAGCAAUUAUUUUGGUUCUCAGCAUUGUGUCCUGCAUCUCAGGGAUCAAUGAGAAACUCUUUUUUGCACUAAAAGCAAACACCAAUGGGACGCUGCCUUAUUCCAUGUUGCCACAAGAGGCCGUCCUUGCUAAUUCUUUGGGAGUCAUCAUAGUAGCAUUUGGAUUGGUUGUUUUGAAAAUUUUAUCCAAUCAGAUAUGGCAACGUCCUGAGCCAGCCGAUGAUGAGGAAGUUUACAGGCCACUGGCAUAUGAUGGAAGCUGAUGUCCGCAUUGCAAUGUGAAUGUCCACAAUUAAUAAGUAUUUGUAUUUUGCCUGAUAUGUCCUCUUCAGUGGAGCCAAAGUCCCUGAAUACAACAGUUGGUCUUUUCAUUUUAGAUAAACAGCAAUACCUGAUCAGAACUUACAUAUAUUUUUCUUUUAUUUUGUUACGCCUUGCUGUACUUCAUUUAUUGUUUAAAAUACUAUGAAGAAUAAGACAUCAGAUACAAUCA